GCCAAAAUGUAAGCGAUGGAAACACAGUUGAGGUAGCUCAAAUCCUCCAACGAACGCCUCGUCGUCUCCGCCCUCCUUUAUUAUACUUCUCUGCCAUUUUCUUCACUGUUUCUCUCUAACAGAUCCUCUUCCUUUCUCCAAUGGCUUCCCCGUUCCUCUCUCGCGUUGCUCUUUCCAGCAAUACCACUGCUUCAUUUUCCUUCUCUUCCUCCGUCUCUCCUGUCCUCCCAUGGAACUCCUCUCGCUCAUACACCUCGUUUCCCGCUAAAUCCCGCCGGAGGAUCCCAGUCGUCCAAUCUAAGAUCCGUGAGAUUUUCAUGCCCGCACUCAGUUCCACCAUGACUGAGGGCAAGAUCGUUUCGUGGGUCAAAUCCGAAGGGGACGUCCUCUCCAAAGGCGAGAGCGUCGUUGUCGUGGAGUCUGAUAAAGCCGACAUGGAUGUGGAGACUUUCUAUGAUGGAAUUCUCGCCGCCAUCGUUGUUGGAGAGGGCGAAACUGCUCCUGUUGGAGCUCCGAUUGGUUUAUUGGCCGAGACUGAAGAGGAAGUCGCCGAGGCCAAGGCCAAAGCCGCAUCUAAAUCCGCUUCUUCUCCGGCUCCUGCUGUUAUUUCUCCCUCUCCUCCGCCUCCCACUUCCAGUCCUGCUCCCGCAAUUUCUCAGCCAUCGCCUCCGCCGCCCAAGCCAGUGUCAGAUGGACCGGGGAAGAUUGUGGCGACUCCUCAGGCGAAGAAGUUAGCGAAACAGCACAAGGUGGAUAUUGCAUCGAUAACUGGUACUGGACCAUUCGGUCGGAUUACUCCGGCUGAUGUGGAGGCCGCAGCAGGAAUUGUCCCUUCGAAGCCUGUUGUAAGCAAUGUAGCUUCUUCACCUGUGGCUCCAGUGACUACCGCUGCCCCAUCUAAAACUGCUGCAGCUCCUUCCAACUUGCCACCCCCAGUUCCAGGCUCAACGGUUGUGCCAUUCACGACGAUGCAGGCGGUGGUGUCUAAGAACAUGGUGGAAAGCCUCUCCGUUCCUACAUUCCGAGUUGGUUAUCCGGUGACCACUGAUGCUCUUGAUGCGCUCUAUGAGAAGGUGAAACCAAAGGGCGUCACAAUGACUGCCCUCUUGGCCAAGGCUGCUGCAAUGGCCCUCGCUCAGCAUUCGGUUGUAAAUGCAAGCUGUAAAGACGGGAAGAGCUUUACAUAUAACGACAAUGUAAAUAUUGCAGUAGCCGUGGCUAUCAAUGGUGGGUUGAUAACGCCUGUUCUUCAGGAUGCAGAUAAGUUGGACCUCUACCUUCUGUCUCAAAAAUGGAAAGAGUUGGUCGAGAAAGCUAGAGCCAAGCAGCUUCAGCCGCAUGAAUACAAUUCAGGAACUUUCACGCUCUCCAAUCUGGGCAUGUUUGGAGUGGACAGGUUUGAUGCUAUACUUCCUCCUGGCCAGGGGGCCAUCAUGGCCGUUGGAGCAUCGAAACCAACUGUUGUCACUGACGCCGAUGGCUUUUUCAGCGUGAAGAGUAAAAUGUUGGUGAAUGUGACUGCUGAUCACCGAAUAGUUUACGGUGCUGAGCUGGCUGCCUUCCUUCAGACCUUCGCAAAGAUAGUUGAGAAUCCAGAAAGCCUGACCUUGUAGAAGUCUUCACGUUGCAAGUUUGAACAUUGGUUAAGACUUGACUGCAAGAAGAAGGGAAAAACAGAAUCUUUCUUUCGGCUGCGGAAUGAUGAAAGUUUAAGUUAAACAGAGUCCCAGAGGAAUCCUUUUUGUGCAGGAGGUCCCACCGAUACUUUUAUUUGUUACACUUAAUUUAGUUCUAUUUCUAAAAGAUUUGAAGAGCAAUAAUGAGCUGAUUUUUGUUUCCAAGUUAUUGCGUACGGGAAAUGUAUUAGUAGAAACUCUGUGGAUGAAAAGGGAUGGUCUCAUUCAAUUGACGAAGGUAUUUUAUUUAAGACAGAGUUUGUGUUGGUUUGUCA